AUGCAUGAAUCUGACGGUAUACUCACGGAGAUCAUCGGUGAUCACAACGUCGAUCAAAAUGAAGAUGAGGAUACGGUCAUAACAACAGCGUUCUUUACCUCUUCAAUUUUGCCGAUCGGAGUCACAACCAUCCUUCUCGUUGAAGUAGGCGAUUAUCUUAAUAUCAGCACUUACAGUCCCAUUUCCCUGCCCUAUACUAUUUUCAAAGUUCUUGCGCGUGCGUUGUCUUACGUGGUGGAAAAGGUCAUGAAAUUUGUCCCAGAAGAACAGGCAGGUUUCUCUGUAAUGGCAUUGUAG